AUGAUGGAUCUGCACCAUCCUAAUGAUGCGAUACGUGAGAUUCAGGAGGCUCAGAAGGAGCAGAGGGCAGCGCUGGACAUGCUUACAAAGCAAUUAUCUCAAGUCGCCAUGUCGCUAGGAGAGCUGAGAGGAAACGAAGGGAAAAUCCCUGCCACGAUGCAGCAGCCUGGGCACGAGAAAUUAGGGAAGGUAUACCAGAGCCCCAGCCCACCUGCGGUACCACUAGUAUCUAUGCCUGGAUCGAGCCAAGAAGAAGAAGGAGAGUCCAGUUCCCUUGAUCGACCCAAAAGAAGAGACAAAGGGAAAGAGAAAAUGGGCGGCGAAACCUCAGGAGAAGGUCAAGGAGAAGAAGCUGAGAAGGUCAAACCAUACCCAUACCGCGGAAUGGUCACCAGGAAGAGAGAUGCCAUGAUCGAUGUGGCCAGUCUAUUUAAAGACGUGGAAGUCAAGGUGCCACUCUUGACGGCAUUAAAGAUGCCCCCAAUCAGCAAAUUCUUUAAGGACUACCUGGCGGGCAAUGUAAAUGAAGAAGGGAGAAUUAUUACAGAAGAGGAUGUCUCCGCAGUGAUCCAGCGGAGCGACCUCCCAUCAAAGAAAACCGACCCAGGGAUGUUCACGCUCCCGAUUUCAAUUGGGGAUAUUCAAGUGGAGCACGCAAUGUGCGAUUUAGGGGCAUCCAUCAAUGUUCUGCCGUAUGCUAUCUACAAAAAGCUGGAAGAGGCCAAGCUCGUCGAUACUGAUAUCAUGAUACAGCUGGCCGACAGAUCUUGCAUUCACCCGGAGGGGAUUCUUGAAGAUGUAAUAGUGAAGGUGGACAAUUUUCUGUACCCAACCGACUUCUUCGUCAUCAAGAUGACAUAG